UUGGAGUCGAGUUGUCAUGGAUGUUGAUAACGCCGUUUGAACGUGCAGCGUGGGACCGCGGUGAAAACAUGAAGCAGUCGGUAACAUCGCGGUUGCCGGUGUGACGAGGCGGUUCGGCGGUGCGCGGAGAAUAUUGACCGGCGACGGUUCCAGUCAGCCGGCCGCUGUUUCCUCCUCCCAGCGGCGGGAGCGAAGCGGAGCGGCUGUUCAGCUUGGAGCCGCUGAACAAAGAGCUUUUCUUCCCCCGGACCAUUGUUACCGUGCAGGGCGCCUGAAACUGAUUCCGAACCGGUUUCGGACGGUUAAAGUUUGGGGCGGCCUGUGCUCCAGUCAUGACCUCUGGUAACGGGAGCACUGACAGCAGCCAGCACAAUGGAGACAGCAAAACGGCUCAGCAAGCCAUAGACAAGUCCCACAUCCUGACGCACCUGAUCGAAGGCUUCGUUAUCCAGGAAGGUGCCGAGCCUUUCCCUGUGGAGCGUCCAUCUUUUUCUAUUGAGAGCCUGCGGAGACGGGCAGCAGAUUCAAAGAUGGAUGGCGUAUCUUCCAAGGAGCUGAAGGCCCAGCAGGAGCCCAUGUUGACCUGCGAACUGUGCGGUAAGGUGGACUUUGCCUACAUCUUCAAAAGAUCCAAGAGGUUCUGCUCCACAGUGUGUGCUAAACGCUACAAUGUGGGAUGCACAAAGAGAAUGGGUCUCUUCCCGAACCGCAGAACCAGCCUGGAGAACCUGAAGAGACGAACGUUAAAUGGGAAUUACAAAAACAGCAGCCUGGAGUCUAAAAAGAAGAUUGCUCCCUCUGCUGGUCACACUGUUCACCCUGCACACGGAGAGUCCAGUCAGUGCUCAGACCUGUCCAGCUAUAAAAGAGUCCCGUCACCCCCCCUGUCUACGGCCCCUCGGGUUCCUGCGGUGCAGACCCCCGACCUCCCGCCUCACCCCCACAGCUUUGUGCACAGCGACCCGGGUCAGUGGAACAUCCAGGACGUUUAUGGGUUCAUAUCCUCCCUGCCAGGCUGUCUGGAGAUUGCGGAGGAGUUCCGCUCUCAGGAGAUUGACGGACAGGCUCUGCUUCUGCUGAAGGAGGACCACCUCAUGGGAACCAUGAACAUCAAACUGGGCCCAGCUCUGAAAAUCUUCGCUCAGAUUAGCAUGCUCAAAGACUCGUAGCUCGUCUCUGUUACUGACCGGACACGGCAGGCCUGCUCAGGAUCUUCAGACAUCCAUCAUGACCUCAAAGACUUUCUCGGUGUUUCCUCGUCUCACCUCUUACACGUUCACACUGCUUCCGGGACUAAAGGUAUUCUCUGCUGGAGACCGAUGCUGGUUCCAAGAAUCCACAUAGAUUUGGUGACGUGACCAUCCAGCAGGUCCACUCCUUACUUCAGGUCAGCAGCAGUCUGAUGUCUUCACUAAAGACACUUGCUUGAUCAGAAGAUCAGGACUUUCUCUGUGCUGUGUGUGCAAAGCAUGACUGAUGGCUUAACCUGCACAAGUCACUUCCCUGUGAAACAGCAGAAAGCUGCUAAAGUAAUGCUGCCUUCCAACGUGGGCUGAUUACAGUGUACCAGUUAGAACCAGCUGGUGGCAGUUGGACCGUCAACCAGCCGUCAGUCUGGUCCCACUGUCCCGGCCUGUGGACACGGCAGAAGAGAAAGGGGGUUGUUUUUCCCCCGGCUGUGUUUCCAGCUGUUUGAUAAUCACUGCUCUGUCCUGCUGUGUCCUCAGACAACGCGUUGUCAUGUUGGACAUUUCAGGAACAAAGUCUCUUCAACCACAGUCUGUUUCCUCACUGCUUUGUUAAAGUUGCAGUAUGUAACUUAAAAAGAAAAGUUUUUUUUUUUACAUAUUUGUUGAAGCUGUCAGUAUGCCGUGACAGUAUGGUAUGAGACAAUCUGUGAAAAAAACAUGCAACUCCUCUGCCUUUUCCCAGUGCUGUCUAGGAACAACCAAUCAGAGCCAGGUCCCUCCCCACUUUGCUCUGUGCUGAGAUGCAGAUUCUCCCCGUCAGCUGCGUCUGACGGGGACGGUAGUCAUGGCAUGACUACCAUUGAUGGCGGAUAAACGGUUUUCCUGUAAUAGUAAGCCGUUUCUCCACCAUUAACAUGUCGAACAGCAUUGAUUGACAGCACUAAGACCCUCCUCCUGGCUCUGAUUGGUUGCUUUUCUGCAUUUCUGCAGAGGCAACAGUAGCUCAGGGAAGAGCUGGAGAAGAUCUGUCUUUUCUCAGAUUAUCUUUCUCAUGUUAUACUGUAUUUGAACAAAUCGGUAAAAAAACAUUUUUUUAAUUAAAGUCACAUAAUGCAGCUUUAAAUCUAACAGUCCUGAAUCAGAACUACAGUGUUUACAACUCAGAUGGAAGUUUAUGCUGAAGCAAUUUAAAUAUAAACUUGACAAUAAAAAAAAUGGCUGUAGAGAAAGAAAGGAGUAUAUAUCCCAGGUUAUAAACCAUCAGGAUGGAAUACAAGUGGUUUUGACAUUGGAAAAUCUAUUGGCUAUGGUGCGAGUAAGAGGUGGGGUUGACCUUGGACAGGUUACCAGUCUAUGCCAGACAACAUGCAGGACCAGUUAACCUCCCAGUUCUGUUUCUGGACUGUGGGAGAAAACCUUCUUACUGUGAGGCACCAGCUCUACCAGCCCACAUCUGGAAAUGUUCAGGUUCCGGUUUCGCUCACAAUCAGACGAGGAUGCAUCUACCAGCUGUUUUCUGCUGCUCUCCAAAAACUGAUCCACACCUCAGAAUGACACUGAUAAACACUGAGACAUGCAAGCUGUGAUUUGUUGUUGCAUUGAUCCUCUACUUCUCUGCAUAAUGACGGGAGGGUUACCAAAAUUCUUUGAUGGGACUCAGAACUGAAGAUUUAAUGUGAAAAUCCUUAAGUUCUGCUUUGCGUCUGUUUUGUCGGUGAAUGGAUGAAUGAUCUGGCUGUAAAUGUUCCGUUCACUUCCUCUGGUGCUGCUCUGAAUCAACCUCACUCAGAGCAAACAGAACCACCCCCUCCCUUCUGGCAAUUAUAUGAAAGCCUAUGCACACAAAUGUGACUGCAAUAAGUGCCUGUGGGAGUGGAGAAAUAAAGCUGCCAAAAUUAUGGCUGGGAAUUAGAGAAUACACAACAAAAGACUUUCAUCAUCAAGCCUUUACCAAAGUCAUGUGGAACUGAAGCCAGAGAUGCUCUGCUGACAUACUGCUAGAUGUGAAUGGUGACGCUCUCCUCUAGAUAGACUGUUUCAGUCCUUGGACAUGUUCUCUGGCCUUACACACAAAACACACUUUAAUAAAGUCAAUAGAUCUGUUCGUUA